CACGUGCCCUAUCUCCGUGCCUCCUCCCGCUGUCCAAUCCACGGUUACCCUCCUGUGGCCGCCAACUGUUCGACGUAAUUCUCCACCGGCCGUCAUGGAGAGGGCUAAGAGGGAGGCCGGCCCGUGUGGUGGCCUGUGCUGAGUGACUAUCCACGGCCGGUCACCGCUGGGGCAAUGCGCAGUUGGGCUCUGCAGGGUAGUUUGGUUUGAAUUAGGGAGCUGGAGAGUCUCUGAUUUGGUGGUUUGGGGAGCUGAUACUGUCAUCCUUUUCAAGGGCAGAGUUUCCUGUAACCACGAGAUGGCUCAGGCUGCAAGGCUGAAUCUGAGAAUGCAAAAGGAGAUUCAGCUCCUACUGAAUGAUCCCCCUCAUGGGGUCUCACUUAAUCUUUCUGAAGGAAUUGAGGGGCCUGAGGGAACAGUUUAUGCAAAGGGAGUUUUCAUUCUGAAGAUCCAAAUUCCUGAAAGGUAUCCUUUUCAACCACCCAAUGUGACUUUUGCUACUCCCAUUUAUCAUCCCAAUAUUGACAACGGAGGACGCAUUUGCCUUGAUAUUCUAAAUUUACCCCCAAAGGGAGCCUGGCAACCAUCAAUCAACAUAGCUACUGUUUUGACAAGUAUCGGCUUGCUGCUAAGCGAGCCAAAUCCUGAUGAUGGGCUGAUGGCUGAAAUAAGUCGAGAAUACAAAUACAACAGACAAGUUUUUGACAUAAAUGCUCGGUUAUGGACUGAGAAGUAUGCUAGUCCUGCUGCUGUUGACGCUAGUGGUUGGGGUUCUGUAGAUGUUGCGGUCCUGGCACAGAACACACAAAUGGAGGACACAGAGAGCUUGGGAUCAUUGCCAAAUGCUUCUAAUAAACAUUAUGAAGGAAGUCAAAGAAAGAUGCGAUUACUGGGACAAAAGUUAUCUCUAAAGUCUGAAAGAUCUGAAGAGAAUGCCACAACUGGCAAGCAGGAUCUGGUGGUUACCCACUUAACAUCCAGGGCAAGAUCCACCUAUCCUACUGCAUGUUUGUCUGAUGUUUCAGGCAAACAGAAUGUCACAUCAGAAAACAUAUCUGUCACUGCUGCUAGUGGAGUAGUUUCAAAGAAAGAAUACCAAGGAAAUAGAAAGAAUUCGCAGUUACCUGGGCAGAGGUUUUCUGUUACAUCAGAAGUCCCUAGCAAAAGAAGCAAUGGCAAUGGUAUGUUACCUAAUCAUCUUCCAACAUCAGCAUCCAACGCUAAAGAUUGUGCCAUGCAAUCUUCUGAUGACGUUUUAGAGAAUAGUUUGGCAAGGAGCAUUGGUGGAUCAUCAGAUAGCUCAUGUAAACUAUCAGAAGGAAAUAGAAAGAAUAUCAGGACACUUGGUGUGAAGUUGUCACUGAAAUCAGUAAAGCCUGAAAAGAAGAGCGAUGAUCAGAAGGAAAAUAUUGUUCCAAAUCACCUGCCUUCACAGUCAAGCUUCAACAAUCUGCAGAAAAGGCCCUUAGAUGUUUCAAGGAAAAAUUUCAGUGAAGAUACUAGUCUCAUUCAGCAGAAUUCUAGUACCGAACAUCAACUGUCAAAUACUCAGUUAUCAAAUGACGAAUGCAAUCAAGGUCGCAAGAAGCUGCGCUUACUAAGUAAGAGGCUGUCAUUGAAAUCUGAACCUGCUGAAACGGACAGGACCUGUGACAAGGAAUCUAGGCUACCUAAUUGUUCUCAAAGUGGUGACAGGAAGCUGCCCAAUGAACUGCCAUUGUCAGCGCCAGUCCUCAAAAGUCGAACCAUGGUCCCUGGCUUUGCUGAUUCACAGAAAGAUGCCCACCCAUACAAUUGCUCCGUCAAACAAAACACAGCUGCUACGGAGAACUUAGUGGUUUCAGACAGCGAAGAUAGCGCAGACGAAUGCGAAAGACCUCCAAGAUCAAGGCUGUCAUUGAUGAGUAGACGAUUGGGUGGAAAGCUGAGGAACUAAUUUCACCCCAGAACUCUUGCUCUUUCUAUGCUGCAUUGUAAAGCCUUUGAAGAUGAGGAUGCCAAUUUACUCUAGUAAAUUCUGUCUGUUUAUGAGGUGGAUCAUGUCAUGUAUGUUAUAGAGUACUGUAUGAUGUCCUACUAUGUGGGAUGCUAGGAACCUCCUUUGUUGGCACCUCUUUUGAUUGGAAGCCAAGUGUUAAGAACUAGAUUUUGCCUGUGCAA